AUGUCUGCCUCCACCGUGUCCAUCUGCUCCAGUGACCUGAGCUAUGGCAGCCGUGUCUGCCUGCCUGGUUCCUGUGAGUCUUGUACCGGCUCCUCCUGGGAGGUGGAUGACUGCCCUGAGAGCUGCUGUGAACCUUCCUGCUGUGCUCCUGCUCCCAGUCUUUCUGCUGUCUGCACCCCAGCCUCCUGUCUGACUUUCAUCUGCACUCCCAUGAGCUGUGGGUCCAGCCCCUGCCAAUCCACCUGCACCAGCUCCUGUGAGCCUUCCUGCUGCCAGCAGUCUAGCUGCCAGUCAUCCAGCUGCACAUCCUCCCCCUGCCAGCAGGCCUGCUGUGUGCCUGUCUGCUGCAAGCCUGUCUGCACCCCUGUGAGCUGUGGGUCCAGCCCCUGCCAAUUGGUCUGCACCAGCUCCUGUGAGCCUUCCUGCUGCCAGCAGUCUGACUGUCAGCCAUCCUGCUGCACAUCCUCCCCCUGCCAGCAGNCCUGCUGUGUGCCUGUCUGCUGCAAGCCUGCCUGCUGUGUGCCUGUCUGCUGCAAACCUGUCUGCACCCCUGUGAGCUGUGGGUCCAGCCCCUGCCAAUUGGUCUGCACCAGCUCCUGUGAGCCUUCCUGCUGCCAGAAGUCUGACUGUCAGCCAUCCUGCUGCACAUCCUCCCCCUGCCAGCAGCCCUGCUGUGUGCCUGUCUGCUGCAAGCCCGUCUGCUGUGUGCCCGUCUGCUGCAAGCCUGUCUCCUGCAAGCCUGUCUGCUAUGUGCCUGUGUGCUGUGGAACCUCCUCCUGUUCAUCCUCCUCAAGCUGCCAGCCUUCUCCCUGUGCCCCUUCCUGCUGCAAACCCUCCUCCUCAAUGUCCCUCAUCUGUAGCCCUGUGUGCAAGCCCGCCUGCUCUGCCCCUGCCUCAUCCUGUAUGUCACUGCUCUGCCGCCCUAUGUGCUCCCGCCUGGCCUGUUGUGGUCCCUCCUCCAGCCAGAAGUCCUGCUGA